AUGGCCAACCCCGCGGCGGAUCCCAAGGCGGCACCGCUCGCUGACGAGCUGAGAGAGCUUGCGCUUUCGCUCCCAACCACUGUCUUCCCUAAGAACUUCUUCUGCGCCCUUUGCAACCAGCUUGCAUUCGACUCAUACAAACUAAUCUGCUGCGCCAAGUCAAUAUGCUCAUCAUGUCAAGGAAACCUUCAGUUCCCGACAACGUGUCCCUCAUGCGACCACUCACCACUCGAAGCCGAAUCAUGCACAGUGAACAAGUCUCUGAGAAAUACGAUGAGAGUGUGGCUCCAAAAGCAGAAGAAGAAGGAAGAGGCCAAAGCCGCGGCACAGGCAGCUACCCCGCCCGUGGAGGUUACACCAGCCGCGCCUGAAGUACAGCCGGUAGGCGAUGGCGCAGAGAAACCCGUAGACAGUGUUGAGGAUACACUAAAGGCGGAGGACGGCGUCGCUGAACAAGCUGCUGGUUCUGCGGAGAACGCGGAAGAGGCUGGAAAGCGCGCCGGCUCUGCCUCGGCCCAACCGAACGAGGACAAUGCUUCUCUUGAGAACGACGCCGAGCGACGUGGUAGCACGGCUUCCCAGAACGCGUCCAAAAGCACCGAACAGGCAGCUGUAGACGGCGCGACCGACGAGCAAAAGAACGCGAAUGGAGCAAAUGGCAUGAUGGGCAACAAUCCGGCGAUGAACGGCAUGCAAGGCCAGAUGGGCUUCGGCUUUCCCAAUCAGGGUGGCUUCAACAACGGUAUGGCCUGGAGCGGCAUGCCUAACAUGAUGGCCAAUGGUGGCUGGAAUGGCAUGAAUCCUAUGGAUUUCAACAGUAUGAACGGCAUGUACGGCAACUUUGGAGGGAACAUGGGCAUGGGCAUGAACGAUAUGUCUGCCAUGAACAUGAUGCAAUAUGGUGGUGGCUAUGGCAAUGGGUGGAAUGGCAUGGGCGGUGGUUAUGGAAACUUCAGCGGGCCCAAUCAGAUGGGUGGCUAUAAUCAAUCUGGAGCAUAUCCCGAGAUGAUGAACCAGUUCCCCAAGAAUAAUUUCUCAAACCAGAACCAGAAUCGUUUCCAUGCCAAUCAAGGAGGAGCAAAUCCUCAGCGAAACAACAGGAAUGGUAGCCAAGGUGGCUUUGGUCCUGGUUCACAGAAUGCGCCUGGACGUCCGGGUAGUCGCGGCGGUCCUUCGCAAAACGUACGUUCAACCCAUCAACGAAAGCUACCGAACCCAUUCAAGGGAAUCGGCAAAACUUGGAUAUCAAAAACUGACGCGAUUCAUCCUACGCAGCGUGACGGCCAGUCGCCUGACGGAAUCGCUAACACUGCCCCUGAGGUCAAGGUCGAGGGUGAGCAGCCGAAGGCGUCCGCAGAGCCCACUGAGGAAGGUAAGGAGACCGGCGACGGUAUUCCGGUAUCGACUGAACAGCCGAACUCUGCAGACGGCGUCGGUGCUGGCGUCGCGAGCGGAGCUGUUGCCGAAAAUACUAACAACACAGGCGAUGCUGUACAUGAUGAGGCGCAAGACGGUGGUCUGAAGCCUAUACAGACCGUAGACUCUGGCGAUGCAGACAUGCAGGAGUUCAACCAGUCUAUGAUGGGCCAUGGUAUGCCAUUCGCCCAGGGAAUGAUGAAUCAGUUCCCGAAUCAGCACAUCAAUACACCUUUCGAUCCCACCAUGAACAUGAACAUGGGAUACAAUGGCAACUACGGUCCUCGUGGCGGUUUCAACAACGGAGCUUAUGGCGCUGCAACGGUUCUGACAGGCCAGCCAAUGGAGCCUAUUGGUGUUGGCGUUGCGGGCGCGCCAACUGGACCACGUGCGAUGAGAGAAGGCCGACCCAACACUGGGUUUUCGAGUCGCAUGAACAGCGGGCGAUAUGCUCCACCGCAGCCGCCCAAGAGCAUUGCGUCUACGCAAGACGUAGCCGCUGGUAGUCCUCAGCGGAGAGUUCGAUCACGGUCUCCUCUUCGCGAUGAGAGUAUGCGCGUCAAGGAACGCUCACCAUCACGCUCUAGGUCAAGAUCAAGAGUGAGGGAUGAUGAGAGGGAAGAACCGCGCGAGCGGUCUCGUUCAGCAGACCGAAACUCCCGCCGUGAUGACCGUGGUAGAUCUGUCACGCCAUUGGACGAUGACUAUGAGAGUCGUAAAGACCGCAAACACCGAUCAUCACGCUAUGAAGAUCGCGAGGAGGAAUACGAUGAUCGCUACCGCGAUGAGAAGGGCAGUCGAGGUGACCGUACGCGAACUGCGUCAGCAGACUCCAAGUAUCGUAGCAGCCGUCGCGACAAGGACAAGCACCGUUCAUCGCGAUCACAUCGCGACCGAAGCAAGGAGCAUCGCCGUCGCCACCGCUCCCGGUCGCCUCGCGAGGAAGACAAAUACGAAGACGAGGAGGUGUAUGCCAACGGCGAAAAGGAUUCAGACGGCAGCUCACGUCGUAAACACAGGAGUGGCCGUGACCGAUCACGCGACCGAUCACGCGACAAAGAGCGUGAGAGAGACCGCAAGGACCGUAAAGAACGAGACCGCGACUAUGACUAUGAUCGUGAAAAGGAUCGCUCUCGUGACAAAGACAAGGAGCGUAGGCGGCGCCGCGAUCGCGAAGCUGAAGACGACGAGCGUGAUUAUGAUGAUGACAAGUACCGCUCUUCGCGUCGUAGCCGCAAGGACCGAGAUCGCGAGCGACGGGACUAUGAUGACCGUGAACGCAAAGACAAGCCAUCUCAACCGGAGAAAGAAGAGGAUGUUGUUGGUCAAAUGAUGAAGAAACGCGCUGUGUCUCCACCACUGAACGCCCCGACCGGGCCUUCAGCAAAUGGCUUCAGCAUCAAAGGCCGCUCGAAGAACGCUGUCAUGCCCCCACCGGCCCAGCCCCCAACAGGCCCACGUGCUUUCCAGCCACCCAAGGGUCCGGCUGCCGACCGCAAUAAAGAACGUAGUGGAGAUGCUAGGGAUCACCGCCGCAAGAGCAGUGUCAGCUCGGCCGCGAGUAUCCCAACCGGCCCUUCAUCAAAGGAAAAGGAAACUUCUCAGGACCACUACGCUGCUGAAAGAGAACGCAAUGCCCGAGAGCGAGACAGUCGUGAACGCGUUGAAAAACCCUCCGGUUCGAGCAAGUCCAUCCAUUCGCGUAUGUCAUCGACAUCUCGUUCAGCCCUGUCUAGUAAGCGCAGCAGAGAUGACUUUGAUGACGAAGCUCCUGUUCCCAAGGGUCCUAAAGCCGACGUCAAGCCCCCUACGGGGCCUGCAUCCCACCGCGACAAACGUAGGAAGUCUGGAACGACUGGUGAUGACAACAUCGCCAACCUCUUCACAGCCGGCCUGCGCAAGAAUGCUAAGGCCAGGCGCGGGGGUGUAAGGACUGAAGGCGACGUUGAACGUGAGAUGAUGGAGCGAGAGCGGGAGAGGCGCUAG